AAAUGUCAUUCACCAAAAAACCAACAAUAACCUAUACAUGUUAUAGAAACCAGAUACCUACAUCAACCAGCUCAUGGCUACUCGAAUUCUCCUCGUCUCGUUGCUCAUCGUAUUAUCUGCCUUGGAAGCUCGAGCCCAAGUACGAUAUACCAUCUCAAACAAUGCGGCAACCACACCCGGAGGCAUACGCUUCACCAAUGAGAUUGGGAUUCCAUACACUGAACAGACUCUAGCCUCCGCCACUGACUUCAUCUGGCAAAGUUUUCAGCAGGCCAAUGCGCCUGACGACCGGAAGAACGUGCAGCAGGUGAGCUUGUUCAUCGACAACAUGGAUGGAGUGGCAUACACCAGUGCCGACCAGAUCCACGUGAGCGCGUCCUACCUGGCAGGCUACUCAGGGGACUUGAAGAGUGAGUAUACGGGGGUGGUUUACCACGAGAUGACCCACGUGUGGCAGUGGAAUGGUGCUGGCCAAGCCCCAGGAGGACUGAUCGAGGGCAUUGCCGACUACGUGAGGCUCAAGGCCGGGUACAUACCAAGCCACUGGGUCCAGCCAGGCCAGGGUGACAGGUGGGACCAAGGGUAUGAUGUCACGGCCCGGUUCCUGGACUACUGCAAUGGGCUGAGGAAUGGGUUUGUGGCGGAGCUCAACAAGAAGAUGAGGACUGGAUACAACGACAGCUUCUUCAUGGAUCUGCUAGGGAAGGGUGUUGAUCAGCUCUGGAGUGACUAUAAGGCAAACUAUGCUCAGUAAACUAUAUUUGGCAAAGCCAUUCUUGAGAAUAAAAGGAACCAUGUACUGUAAUAAAUAAAUCGUUUCCAUGAUCAAUAAAACAGUUGUAAUCCAAACCCAA